UCCGACCCACACUUGCGCAGUUUUUUAAAACCGCGCUAUAUAUCACGCCCGUGCAAAAAGAAGCAAGAGAAUUCUCCUCCUCCUCCUCCGCUCACUCUCUCUGGCCCGAGGAAGUCGUCGCCGUCGUCGUCUCCUCUCGAGCUUCCUAUCUUCGAUCGCUUCUGCUAUGCCGUCGGCGCCAGCUGUCGUGCCGGAGUCGCCGUCGCCGUCGCGUCACUGCCGCUGGCCGCUCUCGCCGCUCGCCAACGGCUCCGCGGCCGGCGAGUUCGAGCUGCGGCACUGGCUCACGCCCAAGAAGCGGGCGCCGCCGGUGAUCGAGAUCCCCCACGGCGCCGGCAGCGACGACGACAGCGGCAGCAGCAAAGGUGGCGGCGGUCACGGGUACACCAGCCUCCGGGACAUCCUGUCCUCGCCGGAGUACGCCGCGGCGGGCUCGCCCACGGCCUGCGGCGUCGGCGGCGGCGGCGGCAGCUGCGGGGACAUACACAUGAUCCGGCACCCGCUGGUGAAGCACGCGGCUUACGCGUACCUGCAGAUGACGCCGUCGGCGCGGGAGGACCCCGGCCGCCGCGAUCGGCGCUGGCGGGGGCCACUCUGCCGCCUCCUGCUCGGCUGCCUCAGCUUCAUCGGGGCGCUCUUCCGGCCGUGACUCCUCCGGCGACAGCCUUGCGGUUCUUUGUUGCAAUUGAGUUCAUCUUUUUUUCGUCUCUUCCAAGUCUUGUGUGAUUAGAAUUUUUCGGGCUUUGGUUAAGAUGUAAUUUGUGUAAAUACAGUAAUUUGCUAGGAUUAGGCACAAAUGAAGAUGACAUUAUAGCAGGAAGAGGAAGAAUUACUUAAUUGCACACUAACAGCAGCAUAUUAGUUAGCUUGAAGCUGUAUUGAUUUUUUAGUGGACAUGAACUAAUGAAUGGCAAUAAAAUGAGAAAACCAGAAAUGAGCCAGACUGAAAUAUAUUGAUGAAAGAAAAAGAAGCCAUUUCUAUCACCUCAACCAUACUUCACACACAUCUGUUCUUCACAAUGGUCAGUGGAUUUCUGGAUUUUUCUAUGUACUCUCUUUUUCUCUGACUUUCUUUGAUUCAUUCAUGCGUUCUAUGUACACACAAUCAUAUCCUGAAGUUACUGUACGAGUCUGUUUCCUCUAGGAAUGCUUGCCAUUCGGCGCUCGCCGGGGCUUGGCGCCGAUAGUGGCGCGCAGCGCCUCGGCUACCACGGCGGCGUCGGGGUUGUCGAAGAUGGACUCCUGCGGUGGCGGCGACGGUGGCCGGCGCUUGGUCGCUAAGGGCCUCCAGCCGGACUUCUUGUUCCUCUGCUGCACAAGAAAACAAAAAGGGCCAGACGUUGUCAAUGCCUGUGUGCAGAACCGUCUCCGGUGCAUUGCAAUCAGUGCGUCGUGAUUCGUGCACAUGGAAGCACAUGCCAAUUCGGUGGAUGGAAGCGAAUCACGACGCUGCACCGUAUACAGGACCGCGUCUACCGACCACGCAACAACCAGACGGCACGGUGCAUGCUGAUUUCACGCGAUGACACUACCAGGGACCAGGCUCAUCAGGUCCUCAUGACAGCCCCAGAAACUUUCUUUCUUUCUUUUUUCUUCUAAAUAAGACAGGAACCAGACAUUUCCAGAGCUGUACAGAAUUGGUUUGUGGAAGGGGAUGAACGGUCAGGUUGUGGCUCUUUGGCUCUUGUGAAGACAUACGCCCACGUUGUGCGCGCGGCUGCUGCUUUCCCUGUUAGAUCAGAACCGGUUGCGCGUCACUGUCCGGUGGGCCAGUAUUGAAUGGUAGCUGACUGACAACGGCAGGGGCAAGCCAUGACUUGUGAGUUUUGAGGUUGGGGAGAUGGGGCAAGUCCCUGGCAUGCAUGGAUGGAUUGGAUAAUCCUCGUGUCUCCUGUCAAAGUGGGGCUGACCGUGGGAGGAGUGAGUUGGCAGGGUUGGGGGACUGCGCUUUCUUUCUACUAAUGACUAGUACUUUGUUUGAUGCCAGUUUGAAUUUCUUCAGAUCAGAGAAACAGGUGGUGUCAUGGUUCGUCGAAAACAAAAGGUUGGCCAAAAAUUGUGGGAGUUUGUUGGUGAAAUUUUAGUAGAAUUUUGUAUUAAAAAAAAAAGAGGCAAACUCCAGUAGAAUAGGUAAAGAACUUUGUGCAAUUUAUUUCCAUAUGGUCAAUGAAAACAGCUAUCUGAUGGUAGGGGCUUAAAAACCUGAUGGUGACAUUUAAUGU